AUCUGGCAUCACUUGAUAGCGCUUAAAUUUUUAAGAACUUUAUUGCUUCGCAGUUGUUGUGAUUUCUUUGUACAUCCCCUAAAAAUGAAGCCGGUUCUGGAGCCUGAGACAACCAUGAGUCCUGAAGCGGACAUACUGCAUCCGGACGACGCUCAGUACAUAUGGCUGCCAAUUUUGGUGCUUGUUGGCAUUUUUGUUCUCGCUGCUUUGGUCUACGCCAUGUCACGUAGUCGCUGCCGGAUUUUCUGCGAUUGCCUUAGAUGCAGGAAGGCUCAGCGAACUGGAUACAUCAACGUGGAUGAGGAGGAUUCCGAUGUGCCCAUGGCCUGCGGAGAUGAGCUGGGAGAUCAACGCACUACAGCUAGUCUGCUCACUGGUCGCCUUCACAUUCAGGAUGGAGCCAAUAACGCCUCCAACGCUUAGUGAAAGUAUUCCAUACACUUUAUUGUCCACGUUGUCUUCAAACGGUGGUUGUCAUCGGUUAAGUUACUACUGCAAACUACGUGCCUCUACUACAAGUACAACGAAAAUAGCCCUAAUUUUAAUGAUCCGUACUGGUGGCGCCAAGGACUCGCGUCGUCAGGUCGUAGAAGCCAAAGAAGAAUGCACCGCCCAGUGUGAUCCACAGCACCCGCGGCACAAAGCCAGCAAACAGACUGAAAUGUAAUAUAGAUGUACAUUAAUAAAUGUAAUAAACAAUUUA